AUGACGGCUAAAGGUUCAUUCGUUCAACAGCGAUCGGCAUCAGCUGACCUGAUGAAGGUCAGCUCAUUGUUGAACGAUCAAACACUGACCAGCCCCCAAAAUCUAUUAUUUAUCUCACACGAAAUGCCUCAAGGCCCUGAGAGUGCCAAUUUUCUGGCUGUAAGCACUUCAGCAUCGUCGGUCCAAGAAGACGGCAAAUCCGCUCCAACAAUCGAAGCCGAGGAGCCAUCAUCGGCUUCCUUCAGGGAUCGAGGACGAUGCGUGGCUUCUCAAGAUGAAUCAGCUGCGACUUCGGGAGAUACGUGGCCAGCUCCGGGUCGUCAAAGAGGUGCGACUGCUAUCGUCGAUGAUGAAAGCCCUAAAGCACGGUCGAACCGCGUGCACGAUGCAAGCGAAGCUCCACAGAUAGAGCGCCACCUCGCUGAUAUCCCCAAUUUCGAGACGAUUCAACCUGUCAUGGUGACGACACUCCUCCAUCGGCGUCAGAAAAUAGUAUAUACUGAAGAAGAAGAAGUGCACUUCAUCUGGUACUAUCGCAUGGUUCUAUUAAAAAGAUGGAAGGAUAUACAUACGAGCUUCAACCGCCGAUUCACGCCUCGAGAAACAUAUAUCUGUCUUCAGGACAAGCUUCUACGAUUGACCAGGAAGGGAGAGUUGCCAGCUCGCCUGAAGAAAAAUCAGCCACAGAUCCAUGAUGAGGAAGUCAGCCGAGCCAUUUCCCAUCCGACUAUCGAGGCCGUUGUUCAAAGAUGCGAAAGCCUGGGGUAUUCGUGGAUGAAGGGAGCUUCGAGAACAACCCUUUCACAAUCCGAAAUUCAAGAUCAUUCUCGAUAG